AUGAAACAAUCUCAAAUGCAACAUAAAAGUUGGUUAUAAUUGUAGAGAUUUGAAGAGUAUGAAAUAAAUAAAAAAAAAUACCUUGAAAAGGAAUAAGAAUUGAAAUUCAAAAGUUAAGAUUAAUAUGCUCAACAAAAGUAAAUUAAUUGGAUUGGAGAUAUACAUGAAAGAUAAACUUAAUUAUAAAAGGCAAAAUGGAAGUGGAUGGAAGAAUAGAAGAAACGUUUAGAUUGUAAAAGAGAGAUGGAUUAAUUGGAAGGAGCUACAUUCCAUCCAUAAAUAUUAAAUAAAGAUUAAAAAAUACGUACUCCUGAUUAAUUCUAUAAAGAUAAUAUAGAUUAUAAAAAUAAAACUGUAUAUAAUCAUAUAAUCUUAAAUUUUAGGAAAAAUAAAUAGAACAAUAAAAAAAAUAAAUAGAAAAUAAAAUUAAUAAUAGAAGUUGUUCUCCUAAAAUAAAUAAAAAAUCUGUAUAAAUGGUAGUACAACCAUUUUAUGAUAGAUUGAAAGAUAAAUAGUUAGAGAAAGAAUAGAAUUUAUUAAAAAUUAAAUAAAGUAUUACACCUUCUUUUAGUCCUUAAAUAUUUUCUCGAAACUUUUAAAGUCGUCAAACUUAUUAAAUUGUUCAAUAAUUUGUUAAUUUAAAUUCAACUAAAAAUAAAAAAUGUGAAAUUGAUUUAGAAAAUGUUAAAAAUGAUUAUAAAUCUUUUACAUUUUUUGAAGACAUAAGAAAAUUCUAACAUUCUCCAUCUGUAAAUUAUCAAUCAAAUUAAGAAAAUAUAACCAAAAAUUUACUUUUAUUAACUGAAAACAGUUAGAUUUUAAAUACAUAAUAGAAUCAAUAAUAAUUUACUACUAAAAAGUAAUAGAGAUCUGUAAGUCCUUUAAAAUCAAUUAUGUCUAAAACUACCUAAAAAAAUUACUUUAAAAAAUGA